GGACGCAACAGCUGCGCACGCUAUGGAUGGAUGGACGGAUGAGCCCCUUGCCCUCUGUUGUUUUUGCUCCCCUUGACGCAAACUCGAGACAUUCUUUCUCUUAACUACCAUGACAUGAAGUGUUACAGUUUCUGAACAUGAGGAGUGCUGCCAGUUUGGAACCAUCUCACCCUACAAUAGCAGACUCAUGGUGAAGCCCGAGGGCCGCCGGUGACAAAGCCAUUGCUGUCCGAGAGGGCCUCCUAUCAGUCAGUCGAAUCAGAUUGUGAGUGUUGAUGGCCGGGAACCUUCCUUGAUCACAGAGAGUUGUGAGUAGUGACAACAUUGGCGUCAAAGUGAGAAGAGCUCUUUGGUGAGUGACGUGAGUGUGAGAUACUCUGCACCUCUGGGACAGACAAUGGAGUCCAGAGAGAGGCUGUCUAGAGUAUAUCAGUGAUCAAGGGAUAAGACGCGGCAAUUCAAGGGUGGAAUCACAGAUCACACACUCGUUCCCCCACCACAAUGGAAUAAAGGCCGUUACACAAACCAAUUCCAAGGCCAUUCAGUGACAAUAUGUCUGCCUCCACCAAAGAAGGUAGCGUUGACCACCAUCACGACCAUCAUGGUAAUCACCACGAUGAGGAACACAUGGCAGAUAUGGUCAAAAAUAUCCCCACCAAUACUUCGAUUUCAACUAUUUCUCAGUUGAUAGACAGUCUUCGGGCACGAUUGACAACCCUUCGCGAUAAGCAUUCUAUUGAUUUGGAUGAUCGCCAUGGAAAGUCCAGCAAUCUGCACGAGCUUGGCGGUCAUAAUCCACAUGACCACGAAGACCAUGAACCAGCCUAUGAGGCUUCGGGCGUGGGAGAUCUCAUUCAUGGAGACACUAUGAUCUUACUUGGAUCGUGCAUCUUUAUGAUUAUUCUUGGACUGAUUUUACGGAAAGUAUUCAUGUACUUUACGCAUAUCAGAGGACAUCGGGAGCAAUAUCACGGGGGCAUCCGUCAAAUGGGCGAGCACAUGCACACUGUGACACGCACAAUGAGUACGGAUCCAAAUCAGACCUUUGCCCAAGACACACCUGCUAUCAAGAAGAAACCCAUUGGCACGCCUCAAGUCAGUAUGUCACUUCCAGCCAUCACGAAAUCCAACAACCCGAAACGUGUGUCCAUAGAGGAAACUGCAUUCGAUGAGAUCAUGCCUCAAUCACAUACAAUGUUGGUGGAUGACACGGAUGAUAUCCAUACCAUGACCACUAUCCGACAACAACUUGAGGCCAGACGACUGAGCAAAAUGAAAAACUAUUUCGAAACUCAAGAUUAAGAACCAAAAGGGUUGCCAAAAAGAUCGCAUUAGCUCAUAAAUUAUUAUUGCUAUUUAAGAAUUUAUUUUUAUUAUUGGGACAAUUACGUACGCGUCACACAAUAAUGCGAUACGGGCAUAAAUACACAACUAAACUGAAAACUCGUC